AACCUGUCCAAAUCAGUGUCCAAAUAUUCUCCCGGAGGUUCUUGGAAAACGGCAAACAUGGCUGGAACCAUUACAGCCAACCCUGCUUCACCUGCAGCCGCGUCGGAGGCUACUGCCUCAGACGCUGUGACGGUGAAACGACUGUAUGUGUCAGGACUUCGGGAGGACAUUGACAAGAAGGACCUUGGUGGUCGGUUCGCCACUUUUGGUAAGGUCGUCUCCGUCGAUUUGGCCGGAGGCGGUCCUUUAGGAGGAUGCAGAGGUUUUGGAUACGUUACCAUAGAGGGAAAGCCCUCUUCCAUAGCAAAAUGUCAGUCCAUUUACAACGGCUCAAAAUGGAAGGGAAUGCAACUCCACGUCGAAGAAGCAAAGCAGGAUUAUAUGACAAAGCUGAAAAGAGAGUGGGCGGAGAUUCAGGCGCAAGAAGACUCCCGCAAAGACGGGAGAACGCCGACAAUCAGUAACAAAAAGCGGAAGAAGAGAGCUGUAGACCAUGCCGCAGAUAUGACGCUCGUGACAGAUAGAAACUGCAAGAACAAAAAGAACUGGAGGUUGUCUCGCUUUGGGCGUGGUGUCUCGGUGUUUCGGUAUAGGAAUAGAGCCACCGGAAAGCUUGUCACCAUUGACCCUCUACGACAUAAAAACAACAUCACGAGGCCAGAAAGCUACGCUCAAUUCACACCUGUGGUUCGCCUUACAUGGCCGUCCGACAAUAUUGUGGCCCCAGCCAAAGCGAAUCGACCAACAUCCAGUGUUUUGGUCGAUGGGACGAUGGCGCCAAUAGAAGUGACGGAAGAAGUGACUGGGGGGCUAUUCGACGACACAGACGAUGAAGAAGGUCCAAACCCCAGACGAGAGUCGGACUACACCUCGGAAUCGGGAGAUGACUCGGAUGAGACACCAGAUCUGUUUGACGAGCCGGAGUUGAUGGACAUAGAGCAAAAGACACCGUUAGUGGACGAAGAGGAUGUGGGCACCUCGCCAAUGGUUGUCGACAGCGACCCAACCUUGGACGAUGAUGACUUUGAAAUUGUACCCCAGGGGGGGAACACCUCAGAAUCGCGAGUCUCACUACCGCAUAGGUUCUCGGACGACGACGAUGACGACUUUGCCCCUCCCACGUCCGCGCCUCAACCUGCACCGAUCCGCAAAAAGAGGACGCUGGAUGAGAUGGAAGCUGAACAAAAACUGUCGAACGAGCGCUUGCGGUUGUUACAGUUGGCAGAGUUGACAGUCGUAGAGCCAAAGGUCACUGCCCAGACAAAUUCUAGCAAAGUCGCGUCCUUCGAAGACGAAGGAGACAGCAGUGAUAGUGAUAGUGACAGUGACAGUGACAGUGGCGAGACGAAGACGCCAGGGGUUGCUGGAAAUGUUGCGAGUGUGAACGGAACUCAAGCGAACGUCCCGAGUACCGAGGAGAAUGCAGAACCCGCACGGAAUGUAAUCAGUUUCGAGGACGAUGACGAACCGGUUGGAGGAGCAUAUGUUCUGACCUCAGACGAUGAUUCGGACGACGACGAUGGCUCCGAACCGAGCAGUGGAGUUGCGGAACCGGACCGAGUCAAUGCCGGUGGGCCGACCAUAGCGGAGACAGAAGUAGAUGGCGUCAGACUGGAGGUCACAUUGCGGAGGUCCUCUUUGACCAUCAAUAGCGGCAGCGAAUCGUCUCACGUGGAAGAGGUGAAAACGGUUUCUACUACUCCAUUGCAGAACUGGAACGGGGAGUUUGCAGAACCAAACGAAGAAGAGCCGGAUUCGGAUUCUGGGUCUGACUCGAAAUCUGAGGCGGAAUCUGCCACGGAUUCUGAUAGCUCCGUGUCGGAUGAAGAAUCGAGUAUUUACAGCCAAAAGGACGACAAUCCAACGAGCGCAACGCCGCUGGAAGUUGCCGGUGGUGCGUCGAUUGAACUACCCACCACAUCCGGUGAAGCUGCAUCAGAGUUCUCCUCGGAAUCGGACGAGAGCUCAUUCGCAGCCACACAUUCGGGAGAAGAGUCCAAGGGAGAGAGAAAUAUCGAUUCAUUAAUGAAGGAGGACGCUGAACGUGAACAGAAAACGGAAAAUGCUUCCGCGGCUGCCACAAGCAGUCGGAAGGGUGCGGAUAGUCAGGGGGCUCAAACGGCCGUCGCAGUUCCAGCAAUGUCCGGGGAUAGACACUACGCGGUCAAUACGAAUCUGCGAGCGCUGGUGUUUGGCGGAGAUGAAGCCGAGAGCAGCGGCUUCUCCCUCUUUGGAGGCCCAGAAGAUGACGCUGCAACCAAAGCCGAUCAGGCUUCUUCAUUCUCUUUGUUCCCUUUCGCUAACGACGAGUCUUCGGAAGCUCCGAUGGCGGAUACCUUCACGUCUUUCGCUCAGCCGUCAGCCAUUACAUCGUCAAUGCGUGCAUACACAACCCCAGCGGUCCACGAUAGCUUCAGCAGCUCAAUCCCUCUUUUCUUUCUCCACCUCGACAAGCCAGAGCUCGCUCAUCGCUCGAACUACGCUCCCAACGGGACUUUCAUGCGAACGCAGACAGAGGCAGAGAUCACGAUGCAAUGGGAAGACAGCCGGAGAGACUUGACGUACGAGUUCAAGAGCAAGCACAAGAGUGCUGCGAGGAAGCGGGAGAAGCUGAAACGGAGUAGAGGCGGUGCACGUGGGUAGAAGCCGUAGAGUAUGGCGUGCGGUGUAUGUGUAGGCCAGUUAGAUAAAUACAUAGAUUCUGCUCUCGUCCGACAUCUCCUCGUUUAGGCCCAAUAAUAUAUCUUCUCAAUUCUAUGGCUGCAAAGCAG